AUGCAAAUGUUGUCUAACAAUUCUGGAUUUUCAUCUUAUUUGGAAGCAUUUGUUUUACCAACGAUUAUACCUGCACAACCGAAUCACGAUUUGGACAUAUCUAACUGGCAGAUUCCAACGAACAUUAAAUUGGCGGAUCCAAAUUUUAAUGUUCAAGGAAAAAUUGACAUCCUACUCGGGGCGGAGUUUUACUUCAGCCUAAUGCAACCGGGUACAAUAAAACUGAAUAAUAAUCAACCUAUUCUGCAGAAUACUGCACUUGGCUGGAUUGUAGGCGGCUUAAUAGAACAAUCAUCAACGAACGUCACAUCAGCAGCGCUAACAUGUGCAAUUUUCGAUAGUGAAACUUCACUGGCACAAGCAAUUGAGAAGUUAUGGAAACUCGAAGAAGUAGCAUCAACAGAAAGGGUAAUGUUUCCGCUGGAAACCCGGUGCGAGUCUCAUUAUAAUCAGCAUGUCCAGACGGAUCAGAACGGUCGAUUCAUUGUUAGUCUUCCUUUCCAAGAAUCUCCAACAACAUUGGGAAAAUCUCAUGCGAUGGCGUAUAACCGGUUCAUGAGUCUUGAACGUCGGCUUCUUCAGAAGGAUGAUAUCCGCAUGCAAUACAUCAAGUUCAUGCAGGAAUAUGAAAUGCUAGGACACAUGCAGAAAAUUGACGUGAAUAUAGUGUCGAACCCUAAAUAUUUCAUUCCGUAUCACUGUGUGCUUAAACCAGAUAGUACCACGACAAAAUUAAGGGUGGUAUUUAAUGCAUCCGAGAAAACGUCAUCGGGUCAUUCGUUAAAUGACUUAAUGUACACAGGACCCACUGUGCAAAGUGAACUGUUCUCUAUCCUGCUACGGUUCCGAUUAUCAAAGUUUGUCUUCACAACUGACAUUGAAAAAAUGUAUAGACAAAUCUUAAUUCACCCCGAUGAUCAGAAAUAUCAACUGAUCAUUUGGAGGGAAGAUCCAUCGAACCCAGUUAGCUAUUAUAAGCUCAAUACUGUUACAUAUGGAACACGUGCAGCACCGUACCUUGCCACAAAGUGUCUACAGAAAAUCGCAGACGACAACUUGGAUCGCUAUCCCCUUGGUUCAGAAAUGCUAAAAGAGAACUUUUAUGUGGACGAUGGUCUCGGUGGUUCUGAUAGCUUAAACAUAGCGAUGGAGACACAAAAGAAAUUGAUAAUCAUUUUGAAAAAGCACGGCUUCAACUUAAGAAAAUGGUCGUCAAACAGUCCAAGAUUGCUAAAAGAUAUACCUUAUAGUGAUAGGGAAGUCAAUCUAGAUUUUGAUGAAAGGAAAACGAUAAAGACUUUGGGACUAUUUUGGAUGCCUCAGGCCGAUCGUUUUUGCGUGAAGGCAAAUAUUGAUCAUUGUCAAGUAAUAACGAAACGAUCAGUUACGUCUGAGCUAGCGAAACUCUUUGAUCCACUGCUUGCACCAAUUGUUGUAAAAGCAAAGAUGUUUAUCCAGCAGCUGUGGCAACUUGCAUUAGGAUGGGAUGAACCAUUACCCGAAAAACUUUGUGCUACCUGGAAAACAUUUCGAAGCGGGUUGGAAGGUCUGAACAAUUUCAAAAUACCACGACAUGUAUUCGGUGGGCAGAUUCCGGCAAAGGUGCAAUUACAUGUGUUUGCCGAUGCGUCGGAGAAAGCGUUUGGCGCUGCUGUAUACAUUCGCUUUGUAACAAAGGAUGGUCUCGUAGCUGUACGCCUGAUCUGCGCUAAAUCCAGAACUGCUCCGUUGAAACAGCAAACACUUCCUCGCCUAGAGCUUUGUGCCGCAGUGGUAGCAGCUGAACUGGGUAAUAGAAUUAUUGGAUCUACAGUAUGGACCCAAUUGCAUCAUCAAAAUGGAUGGAUCUUCGCUACUACUGUCGAUGUUGAAUCUUCUAUUGUAUGCUGUACGGAGACAAAUCUUAUCAUCAUCAAGAAUGCCGGAAUAAUGGAGAUGGGUUCCAACUGUGUCAUGAAGAACCAUUUUGUUACCAUACAUGGACAUUUUCAACCCUCAAAUAGCAUACACACUUCAUAUCUGAGAUUAAAAGACAUCCAUUCUAUAAGUCCACCACAGGAAAUAGAAAAGAUUUUAACGCUCACGAACACUACUUCUUACAAGGUUCAUCUGGAAGUAUUGGAUAAUAUACAACGGCAGUUGAAUGAAUCAACUCUUAAGCAUUUGCGGCAACUUAUCCACUCCACCAUUCUUCACCAUCAUGCAUUUAGCUACACCUCGUUAUGUUGCUGCAUUAUUAUUCUGCUUGGUCUGCUGAGUUGGGGAAUGCAUUUAAGGUUCAACAAACCAGCUCAAUUUACACCUACUCCAGCUGUAAGAACUCACCAAUCAGCGACAAAUGGCUCCGUUUCUGCUUGA